UGUGUGGAGGUUACCUGCUUCUACGCCUCUCUCCUGUCCUGCUCUCCUCCUAUUUCUGCCAUGAGGACCAGACUGGUCUUACUCGUCCUCCUGCUGUUGUCCUUGAGCGGAACCAGGGCUGUCAUCACCGGGGUCUGUGACAGAGAUGUGCAGUGUGGCUUCGGGCUGUGCUGUGCAGUCAGUUUAUGGUUGCGAGGUCUGCGUAUGUGUAUACCAAGAGGAGUAGAGGGCGACGAGUGCCACCCUUUUAGCCACAAGGUGCCCUAUCAGGGCAAGAGGCAGCAUCACACGUGUCCCUGUCUUCCGCACCUUGUGUGCACGACUUACACCGAAGGGAAAUACAGGUGUACCAGCGACUUCAAAAACAUUGACUAUUGAUGGCUACCUUCAAUCCUGGCGGAGAGGCGGAUGGCGAUGAUGACAUCUCAGAGGAAAGACUUGAACGAUGAGGGACAGGGGAGCACAAUCUUAACUUCACUAUUAACCUGUCUGUGCUCUGUCUGGAUACCACUGUAUGCGCUAUAUGCACUCUCAUUCGUUUCCUUGUGUUUUCAAGAUUACGUUGCAUUUGUAAAAGCACUUCACAGUCCAAGACGAUGAAUGAACAAUGUAACCAACAUGCUGAAGUAGACUCAUUUUAUGUUGUAGUAAGUUGAUUUAAUUUUAUGAGAAGCCCUGACCAAACAAUUGUGGAUAAGACUGUGAUAAUUACCUUUUUCGUUAAUUCAUGUGACAGUUAUCUUUUCA